AUUCUGGGAUGUUUCUCAGAGAGUCAGGGCAACAUCUGGCUUCCUUGAUACACCAGAGGAGAAGGUGGUGUGUUGCUCUCUGAUAGCCCAACAUUGCUGACUCACGCCUGGAACCUGGUAGGUCUCUGUGGAAAUCCCCCCCACCCCAUGGGGUCAGUCUGCACACCUCAAAGCUCCUGGCUUAAAUAGUUUGGAGGAAGGAAGCAAAGUGACGGGGGUGAACUCAUAGCCAAGUGACAUACAGUCCUGGAGAGGGACUCAUCUUCACGGCUGCCUGGAGGAAAACACCGUACUGUCAGAACUCCCACCUGCUUCCCUGUGGACAUUUGUUGAGAGACAACCAGAGCGAAAUAACCGUUCACCCGCAGUGUUUUGCGGGCAGAAGAAGAGACGAUGGCAAGUCGACUCCGCAGCCCCCUGAAGGAACCAGAGAUCGAGCUCUUUGUCAAGGUAAGGGUUGGACUAAUAGACUGGUGUUGUCAGGGUGAAGCUGGUCAGCAAAAUAUGUUUAGUAAUGGGACCUGCAACAAAAGCCCUGGGGUAUUUUUGCUUGAGCCUCAGGUCAGCUGCUGCUUUCCCCUCUUCCCAGAGUGAAUAGGAAGGUCCCCAAAUGCAGCUGGGCUGGCUCAGUUAAGCGAAGUAAUCCUGUAAGAUUUAUAGGAGUCAUUCAACUAAAAUUUAUUCGCAGAAGACCUGUUGGUUUGUUAAAGAUUUUCUUGAUUUACAAAAGUGUUUGCAAUGUAUCUCUCUUGUAUUUUUCCCCCCAUGUAACAUUUUUACAAACCAGUUUCAUUUGUUGAGACAUUAGGAAGAAAAGGGGGAGGGGGGAGAUGGGUGGGCAUGGAGUCGGGUGGCGAUCUUUCUAUUGUACUUACUGUAUGUAGGGUUUGGUGUCAGCAUUGCUUGUGCAGGUUCUUUGCUGUUCGCUUGUCUUCCUUUGGUGGUGAGAGAGGUUGGGGUUGGCCUAGGGUGUGGCUGUUCAUUUGUGGUUGGCUGUGGUGGUCUUUGUUUUCAUGUGUGAGUGGGGUGGGUGGGUGUUUUGGAUCAGGUUAGCCAUAUUGAUUUGUAUGCUGUUGGUGGAUUUUUGUCGUUGUCUUGUUGGGCUGUGUAUGUGCUAAAGGGGAGCCGUACCGGGGUGAAGGUGUCUUCUUCUAUUUGUCCCUGUGUCAGUUUCAGUUUAUUGGUUAAUUUUUCUAGUAAGGCUGUUUCCCAUACUAUUUGGUACCAUUGGUCCAUGCUUACUCCUGACAGGUCUCUCCAGUGUCUAGUUAUGAUGCUUCUGGCUGCUGAAAUUAGGUGGGUUAUGAGUUCUUUGUAGUGUAAGUGGGCAUUCUUGUCUUGGCAGAUGUUUAGUAAGGCCAAUUCUGGGGUGAUUUCUAAUACUUGCUUAGUUAUUUUACUUACUUCUUGUAUGGUUGUUGUCCAGAAUUGUUGGAUUUUGGGACACUCCCACCACAUGUGGAGGUAUGUGCCUAGCAGAAGACCUGUUGAAGUUAAUGGAGCAAAUUUGGGCUCCAUCUGUACUAUCCAUUUAAAGUGGUUUCAACAUUCACAGCUUCUCCCAAAGAAUCCUGGGAACUGUAGUUUGUUAAAGGCACUGAGAGUGUUCGGAGACCUCUAUCCCCAUUCAAUUCCUUGAGAGGUUUAACAAUCAUCCCUCUUCCAGGGAACUCUGAAAACUGUAGAUCUGUGCGGGGAACAGUAGAUCCCUUAACAACUCUCAGCAACUUAGUUGAGUACCACCCACUUAGUCCAAAGUUUAAGAUUAGCUUAACUGUGCCACUGCAUUAAUGUGCUAUAUUCCUAUGUGUUUGUGCACUUCUUUGUGCUUAUAAAUAGCCUGUCUGACACACCGAAGUUUUGGUUGCAUGCUUGGGUGUGACCAGUUCACAGACCCAAAAUUUUGAACUUGCUUGGAUUUCACAACACUGAAGAUUUAGUGUACUGAUGUGUACACAGUGUGCCCACCGGAGCCAGGGACUGAGUAUACGCCAUACAUUUAAAGCCGUUUUGCCUCCUAAAGAAUCCUGGGAACUGUAGUUUGUUCAGGGUGCUGGGUUGUAGCUCUGUAAGGGAUAAACUACAGUUCCCAUGCUUCUUUGGUGUCUGUGCUUUAAAUGUAUGUUGCAUGUGCAACAAGUCUCUGCCUCCAACACAGAUUCACGCCACAGAUUCCAUAUUGUUUGCUUGGCUUUCGGUGUUUUCAGAAGCUUAGUUAGUUUGGGGACAAGUGCGGGGAGAGGCAGUGCUCCUCUCAGGAAGUUGUUCUGCCUGGCGUUCACCCUUAACUUAUCAGCCCUGUCACAGAGAUCUGUCCCAUAGUAAAUGUGAAUGUUUUUACAGGAUACAGAUAAGAACUGUGCAGUGCCCAAAAAAUGGCUCCAGUAUUUAUUUCGUCGUUGUUGUUGUUAUUCUUUUAAAGCUAUAUCUUUCAGCCUCUCUUGCUAAGGCUUUGUGCAAACUGUACCUUUAAAGCACAUUCGAAGCCCAUUCUUCCCUCACAUACUUCUGGGCACUGUGGUUUGUGAAGGGUUGCUGAGAAUUAUAACUGAAAGAUUGAUAGAAGAGUUCAGUGCAGUUGUUGCUGGACUAUAACUCUCAUCAGGCAAUUCACUUUGCAUUUAAAAGCGAAUCCAUCAAAUCUGAAACAACACGUGAACCUAAACGCAGCUAUUCUUCGAAACCAGACCAUGUUUACAAUCAUUUUUUCUUUAAAAAUUCAUAUAUUAGAGGAAAGUGUACAUAAAAUUAAUAUAUUAGUGUAAAUAACAAAGAAAAAUGCAUUGUAUUAGGGGAAAUUGCUUGCAAAGAUGUGUAUUUAGUCAAAACUGCAUAUUAAAAAGUGUGUAUUAGGAGAAAUGCUGGCACAUUAUCACAAUGAUUUUUUUUUUAAUCGCAAAUUUCUGCAAAAUGUGGAGAACUAAAUUUAAGUUUUGAAAAAUGAGAAACAGAGAGAACUGAAAUUGACAUGUUUUGCUGAAACUAAGCAGGUCUUGGUAUAGUCAGUGCUUACAGAGGAGACUUCCUAGGAGCAAAAAGUAUGCUUGAGUUCCAUGAAAGAAGGAAGAUGGGAUAUUGAAUAGGUAAACUCAGAUUUUCAGCGUAGGGCUGCUCCUUAUGCAGAGUCCGUGAUCCGUCGAGCUCAGUAUACAAGGGGUGUGCAAUUUCUUUGCCCCUGAGAGCCAGUUGCAGGCAACAGUGGUUGCUGGAGAGCAACCCAUCAGUAAAUUGAUAUAGUAUUACUGGUCUACCUUGCAGGAGUGUAGUAAAGAUUGCUGGCAGCACCUCUGAAGCACUACAGCUUCACUUAUCUUAACAAAUCAUAAUUAAGGUACCAAAGGUUGGGUUUCAUGGUCCAUUCUCUUAACAAUGCCCUUGGUUGGUGGAUCUCUGGGUUCUAGUAGAAAAACAAAGUACACCCCACAAUACUAAAACCAGUCUAGACCUGACAUAAGCGGUGUUCAAUAUCAUAUUUAAUAAGUGUACAUUUUGUGCACCUGUGAACAUAGUGGUUGAGCUGGGUGCUCCUGUACAUGUAACAUUCAAGUACUUUCACACAAACACUUGUCCACAUGUAGGGACAACUUGUCCCUCUGUUCAGUGUAACAUGUGAAUGAGCCUAUAUUGGGAAAGUGGGAAGUUGCCAGGUGACUGUUUCUUUUCUUUUUCUUCAUUUUCUGAAAAUAAGUUUCUAUACCUUAGUGUUGUACAGGAGAGUGGUUUCAAACUAAAGCAGGCUAACAUGAUUGUGCGAAGUUAUUGCCACAUCAAAUCUCAAGAGUUCAAAGAGGGUGUUGUUGUGGGGAAAACACAGAUUUGAUCUCUGGAAAAGAUGAAUAGGCUCCUUAGCUUCACUAAUGAAAAGAAACAGAAAUAAAAAGAUGGGGAUUAUGGAAAACUUUAGUGUAUUAUUUCCUCCACACCUUCCCUCUUGAGGUUUUCCCUGGCCAGUGUGCAGACUCCCUUCCUGUUGGACUACAAUACCAAAACACUGUCAUUCGCCUUCCAGGUUUCCCAACCAAGAGUUCUGUGUAUUUUCCUUUAUCUCACUUCCCGAGGCCCUGACAGCCGCAGGCCAAGAAGAUAAUGUUUUGCCACAAUAGACUGGCAAAGAACACCAAGGGCUUUCAGUAUUGCUUUCACCCCUGAUACAGCUCCCACCUAAGGAAACGGAAGCAAUGUACGGUUUCAUUUGAAAGCAAGAGAAAGAAAAUAAAUAAUGCCAGCUUCCAGCUAAGCGGCACCUCCCAGGGUUUGAGAUGGGGUGGGCUUAGCCUGGUGAUCUGUUCAUGAGAGCUACUCAGUGGUGACUGCUGUCUGUUGCGCCUGGGGUGGGGGGCAAGGGGCAUGGCAGCUGGUGGCAGGAUAAGGGCAGAUCCACACCAUGCAUUUAAAAUACAUCCAACACACGUCCAAAGCACAUGGCUUCCCUCAAAGAAUCCCAGAAACUGUUACGGGCACUGCCCCUCACAGAGCUGCAAUUCACGGCACCCUUAACAAACAACAGUUCCCAGGAUGCUUUGGGAGAAGUCACAUGUUUUAAAUGUAUGGUGUGGAGUCCUGCUUGACUCAGGAAUAACAACAAGCAAAGCUAAAGGCGUAAUUUGCUGCUGCAACAAAACAGCUCCCAAAACCCAUUUCAAAGUGGUAUGAGAUUUGGCGACUGGUAACUUGCUCAAGAAUCGGAGUCUAGGCUACAGUUCUGUGCAAGUUUGCAUUGGAGUAAGCCUCAGUGGAACUUUCAUCUGAGUAGCUGCAUAGGGAUGAGUACCAUGUCCCAGCAAUGACUCCGUUUCUCAGGUAGCUGGAGAAAGAGAGCUAGGCUGCUACACUUUAGUUGUGUAGAGGAGUGCAUUUCAGUAGCUGCAGCUUGCAUAACAAGCUACAGCGUCCAAGAGUUCAUUCUUCCAUAAAUCCAUUAAAAUUGCAGGAGCCACCUGUCCUAUUUGCAUCUGGAACCCGUCUUUCUCUCCCUCACACACUCAAUUCCUGCCUUCAUCUGUUCCCUCGCUCCAACAUAGUAAUAUUAUGCAUGCUUACAUGGACGUGGGUGGCACUGUAGGUUAAACCAUAGAGUCUAGGGCUUGUCGAUCAGAAGGUCAGUGGUUUGAAUCACCACAACAGGGUGAGCUCCCGUUACUCGGUCCCUGCUCCUGCCAACCUAGCAGUUCGAAAACACCUCAAAGUACAAGUAGAUAAAUAGGUACCGCUCUGGCGGGAAGGUAAACGGUGUUUCCGUGCACUGCUCUGGUUUGCCAGAAGGGGCUUAGUCAUGCUGGCCACAUGACCCAGAAGCUGUACGCCAGCUCCCUCGGCCAGUAAAGCAAGAUGAGUGCCGCAACCCCAGAGUCGGCCAUGACUGGACCUAACGGUCAGGGGUCCCUUUACUUUUACCUUUACAUGGAAAUAAGACCCACAGAACUGGACUGACAUCUGAGUACAUGCCCAUACAUGUACAUAUUAUGUGAAAAUUUAAUUCUAGUUGAGGGUGCAUUCAUCUUGAUUUGUUUGCAGGAGCAUUAGAUAGUGGUUGCAUAUACAACAUACAUACAUGUAAAGUACUUUUAAAGCACAUGACUCUCUCCCCCCCCCCCCCCAGAAUCCUGGGAACUGCAGCUUACUCCUCACAGAUCUAUAGUUGACAGAACUCUUAGAAAACUAUAGUUGCCAGGAUUUUUUUUAGGAAGGUCAGUUGUUUUAAAUGUACAGUGGUACCACUGGUUAUGUACUUAAUUCAUUCCGGAGGUCCGUUCUUAACCUGAAACUGUUCUUAACCUAAAGCACCACUUUAGCUAAUGGGGUCUCCUGCUGCUGCCGUGCCGCCACCCCACAAUUUCUGUUUUUAUCCUGAAGCAAAGUUCUUAACCCGAGGUACUAUUUCUGGGUUAGCGGAGUCUGUAACCUGAAGCAUAUGUAACCUGAGGUACCACUCUACUUUAAAUGUAUUUAUUAAAUUUCUAUACUGCCCUUCAUCUGAGGAUCACUGGGCAGCUUAAAAUAUAAAAACACUAAAAUACAUACCAUAAUAACAAACAGGUUAGAUGAUGUUGCAUCAAAACAAGUGUUAUCCCACACUUUCCAAUGCAUUUUCUCCAUCACUUUCCUUAUUGCAAAAAGUCCAAUGUUGCAGAGAAGUGUGUUUGUUGCAGAAGAUCUCUCCAUCAGCUAUAACUAUGCAACCUGUAUUUGCUGGUAUGUGAAUGAAUCCCACCCAGAAAUACUAACAUUGCACCCUUAAUCUCUGCCUCAGGUUUCCUCUGGAGCUAAUGUAGUGGUAAAAAACUACUGACAUUUAAAUCUCACCUCUCCUGUGGCCAGCACCUCUCUCAUCCCUUUCUCCAAAAUACUGGGAUACCGACACUGACCUUCUUUAUGGCAUUACUAUGAUGGAUGUAAAGUGAGAGGAGGUGAACUCUCCAUCCCUGGGGCUAUUUGAGCAAAGAGAGAGCAGUCACCUUCCAAGGAUGCUGUAGUUGUAUCUUGUACUUCAAAUCCUGCAUUAAAUGGGGUGUGUAGAUUUGAUUACCUCUAAGCAGUGCUAUUUUUCUGGAAAAAGAGGUGCCAGAACUCACCAUAAACGCCUCCCUUGUUCUCUUAUAAUGGCAAUGGUGCCCACUUAAGAGGUGCCGGAACUGAGUUCCAGCAAGUUCCAGCUGUGGGGGACCCUGCCUCUAAGGCCCCAUUCAGCUCUAAAAUUUUAAGUUCUGUGAACACCCAACACUAAAUAAAUAAAGCAUUUUUAACCACCAUUUUCCACAAAGCAGCUGCCAGCAUGAUCGGAGACUUCUCUGUUGCAUGUGCACCAUAUAAUGCAGAAAAGUAGCUGUUUAGAACUGCCAGAAUCUUUCCUUGUCGUGUGUGUGUGUGUGUGUGUGUGUGUGUUGUGAAGCUCCUCUCAUAGAGGGAUGGCCAUUGAGUGCUUCCCAUUCUGCCUCUAACUGCAGGCUGGCUUAGAUGGAGAGAACAUUGGGAACUGCCCCUUCUGCCAAAGCCUCUUCAUGGUCUUGUGGCUCAAAGGCGUCCGGUUCAACGUGACAACAGUUGAUAUGACCAGGUAAGAGGAUGGAGGUGGACCUCUGCAUCCUUCAUGCUUCACAAAAGAUUAGAGAAAUUCCAAGACCUGCAGUUUGGCAGCAUCUUUAUUAGGAACAUUUUUAAAAUAUAUAUAUAUAUCACACAUAAUAGUGAACAAGCUUCUGAGUUCUCGAGAAUUGUUAAUCAGGCAGAACUGGUUAAACAAAGCAGAGAGGUGGGUGGCUGGGGGAAGAAAGGAAAAAACAAGAUUUUUGUAUUGUAGCCAUAAGGUCUGCAUCUUUCUAGAUGAAACUUCUUUUAAAGUCUGUGCAUCUAUCUACACACACACACACACUCUGUCUGUCAUAGAGGCAAACAUCUAUUCCAGUCAGGCAAAAACACUCAAGGAUGAUGCAAAGCUGUUUUGGUGGGGGUGUCAACCUGGAAAGUGGGUGUGGCCUGGGGAUAACCCCAAAGGCCAGAUAGAGUGGCCUGGAGGGGUGCAUUUGGCCCUCAGGCCUGAGGUUCCCUGCAAUCCACAGUUAACUUUUGGGAUGUAGGGCCACUGUUGCAGUGAUAGCCACAUGGAGAUAGAUGCACAGUCUUUAAAAGAAACUUAGAGGAGUGGCUGCUAGCCAUGAUAUCUAAAUGGAGCCUCCAUUUAGGCACCAAUAUAGGCAGAAUACCUCCAAUAUAGGCAGAAGGAGACUCUUUUCCUUUUCCUUUCCUUCUGCUGUUGACCCCCAUUGUUUAGGAAACCUGAAGAGCUAAAAGACCUGGCCCCUGGGACCAAGCCUCCGUUCAUGGUGUUCAACAAGGAGCUGAAAACAGACUUCCUGAAGAUUGAAGACUUUCUGGAGCAGACUCUUCCACCACCCAAGUACCUCAAUAUUUAACAUCUUAGGCUCCUUUCAUUUCCUCCUAGCUACAUAUCCCUCUGAAAAUGUUAGCCCCUUUGCCCUGAUUUCAGAUGUUAUUUCGGUUGUGCAGAAAAAGCACUUGAUGCAUGUACAGAGGCACUCUCUUCUUCAUGUGCAAUGCCAGGUGCUGAGGCAGAAUCCUGUUGCAUUUUCCAUGCACAAUGUAGAGAAACUGCCUUCCUCUAAUCGAUCACUUGUAAAAGCUGCAUCCUGUCAAUUCAAACCAAGCAGGGCAAUUCAAGCUGUAGUCUUAUCUAUUGGGUUAUUUUAUCUGUUUGACUGUCCCUUUCACUCUGACCGAAUGUGCAAUGCUCCCUAAAUGAACCAGGAGGAUAGGUUUUGCAACCACCACCUUUGGCAGGGCUUCAAGUGUCUUUAACAGCUGUGAAGCACAUAGAAAGGCAUUGAAUAAAGUAUUCCCUAUCAUGGUGCUGUCACUGAGGGAGAAAGCUGCAUCUGUUGAGGUUUUACCUGUGCUGCCAUGGUUAAAGGGACAGGAGCCUUAUUACCUGCAGAUGAGGGGCUGUGGGAUGCUGGCAGUGAGGAACAGAUAAAAAAAGGCUGGUCACAGCUGCACCAUGCAUUUAAAACACUAUUCUCCCACUUUAAUAGAUGUGGGGAAUCCUGGGAACUGUACUGUGUUACGGGUGCUGUUAAUAAGCUACAGUUUGCAUGGAUGGUAAAGUGGUAUAACAGUGCUUUCAGUGUAUGGUGUGGAUGUGACUAGAAUCAGGAACUUGCAUCAAUCAGACCUUGGAAAUAAACACGGCUUGUGCUGCAUGCUCUACCCUUUUUAUAAACAGUAGAGGUAUAAAUAGAUUUAUUUAUAACACACCAUAUAAAAGCACUCCUUCGUCCAAAGAAUAGCUCAACAUUCUAUUGUUGGGGAAAGGAGAAUAAGGCACUAUUAUAUCAGGCUCCUCCCAUGUACCGUAGGAAGCCCAUGGCAGCCCUUACAGCGUCUAUUUUCUUUAGGCCACUGGGAAAUGGUUGUGCCAUCAUAAUCAUUUGUGUUUCGAGAAAGAUAUAAGGGUGCAGAAGCAACCACACAGGCAGGCCUUGCUAGCCCAACACGUAAUGUCAGUCUACUUAGAAUUUUUUUAUUUAGGAAAUCCAGCUCCCCAGGUGAAACCAAAAAUUCAUUUCUGAGUGCUUCCAAACACCCUGUUUAUGGAGCAUUCACCCCAAUAUGUAUGCACAGAGAUUAGCCAAUGUUGGCUACUUAAUGAGCAUCCAUCUUGCUUUGUUUGUAGGGAGGUCAGAUGACGUUGCAUCAGAGUAAGUGUUGUCCUACACUUUCCAGUGCAUUUCCCCAUUCCUUUCCUUACUGCAGAAAGUCUGAUCUUUCAGAGAACCAGUUACACAGCUUGAUUUUGCUGGUAUGUGGUUGAAUCCCACUAAAAAUUAGCAACGGUCUGCAAGUGCCCCCACCCUUUUCCUGUUGUUUUUGUUUCUGUCCUCACAAGACAAAAAUGGUUUUUGCCUCCACCAUGGCAGGGAUGUGUGACUCAAGGCAGGGCCUGCCCUACCACAAGGCACAGUGAGGCUACUGCCUCAAGCAGCAGACACUGGUGAGCAGUGGCAGCUGCUCUCUGGUUGUUCCCUCCAAAUCCACUGGCCAUUCUCGUCUGAUGAGGGGGCAGAUGGGUACAUGCUUCUUGGCCUGUUAUGCCCCCCCCCCACAAGCUGAUUUGAUGCCUUCAGGUGUACUGAGAGGAUUCUGGCCUGUCAUCAGGGCUGAAGUAAUAAGAAUCAGUUGCCAAUCUAGUUAGAUUCUCUACAAGGAAUGCAGAGGGGGCAUCAUUUUGUCCUUUGCCUUUGGACUAGUGAGUUCCACCAUCCUUGAUCCUUGGCCAUGCUGGCUGGGGCUGAUGGGAGUUGGAGUGCACAGGUUUCCCAUCCCAAAAAUUCCCAACCCCUGUACAGAAGGCGACAGCAACAGAGUCCAGAGCGACACAAUUUUAGCUCCACUAGGAUGCUCACCAACGUGAUAGCUGUGUCUUUCGGAAUGUGAAAUGAACAUAUGCAACUAAGCAACGACCUCUUGCAGGGGGUGGAGUGGCCGUGAUUUUGGCCUCCUGUUGAGAGACAGGGACUGCUUGUAAAACCCAUCUGUUUCCCCACCAGGAUCGGGGAGGAAGUGUAUUGGCUGGAGAGAUUAAAAAACAAUAAAGGGAAGUUCUCUAUCACUGCAGGGAAGAGGGGGGGGGGCGUUGAGGAGGAGAGAGAAGGACACAGAGAGCCCCAAAGAAAGUGGAAGAGGCACAAAGAAGGUUGCAAAUGGGAAGACUACAUCCAUGCCCCAGUGUUCAGUUGUAGGGAUGCAAUGGCAGGGCUGUUCAAGAAUUUAUUUCCACCCCCACUCCCUUAUGGGGUCUCUUUGCUCUUUAAAGGACUGUACAUCCAUAGCCAAGCCAAGGGAAACAAGAGAGCUAAGGAUAGGAGCAUAGCCAAGAUGCAGUCAUAGUUGGCACGUGCUGUCUCAAUUCUCUGGCCACAGCUGCAGUAAACAGGAGGCACUUUAAAGGACUAAUGCUGUGCAAAGGGUCUCCCUUGCAAUCAGUCGCAAGCGCAAGAGAAACGCAGAUGCUUUGCUGGCCAGGGCUGAUGGGAGCCGGAGUCCAAUGACACCCAGAGGGCCACAAGUACUGUAUCCCAGCUCUAACCACUAGGCUGCAAUGGUUCUUAACUUCUUGGGGAGAAAGAAAGUGUAUGCCAUUCUGAAUCUAAUCUUUCAGGUGUCACAUGAGAGUAUGCCCAGAGAACUAUGCUGUUUUCAUGUUCCACAUUCCUUUGUUGUAAAAAAAAGAAGAAAGCCCAAAAGACACUUUGGUGUCAAAAUUUCAGCUAAAGACACUAAGGCAUACCAUAUAUUUAAAGCAUGUUUAAACCACGUGAUACUCCCUAAAGGAUCCUGGGCACUGUUGUUUACUAAGGGUGCUGGGAAUUAUAACUCAGUGAGGGACAAACUGCCGUUUCCAGGAUUCUUUGGGGGAAACGAUGUGCUUUAAAUAUAGCUUUAAAUAUAUGGCGUGUCCACAGCCUAAAAGGUCAGUGCCAAGGGCUCGAAGGAAAUGCAAAGUAUUACAGCAGUACCCUCUGCUGGUUGUAAGUUGCAUUGCUGGUACCUACAAGCUUUUCUCUUCCCACAAACCAGCACCAGCAGGGCUUUUAAAGCUGUGCAGAGGCUGAAUGCUCAGCAAAAUGCCAGCCCUGCCUGAUCAAGUUUUGUUGCCUACUAGCAAAGCUUAUUUUUACAAGGUCAGCAUCAUUGGGCUCCCAGUAGUGGUCCAUCACUGGCAACCCCUAGAGUCCUCUGAUGUUCCUCCUCCUUGAUUUUGCUGCCUGCUCGCCUGUCUUCUCUAAAGCAGGAAGCAGGAGGGCUGAGCAAAGAGGAGGAGGAGGAGGAGGAGGAGGAGGAAGAGGAGCAUCCUUUUCAGUGGUGAUGCAAAUUGGGCCCAAGGGGUCCCUUGCGGGUUUCCUAUGACCACUGCAAAAACGGGAUGCAGAACUAGAUGGCCCACUGGCCGGCCUGGUGCAGCAGCAGGGCUUUUUCUUAUGUCAUUUUGACAACACAAGCCAGCACACAGUGGCAAAAACAAUGGGGAGGUGGAUGCCCAGACAGCGGUGGCUGAAGGCAUCUUGUCCAGGACUUACCCUCCCUGCAAAACUGAAGACAACACUUCCACUUAGAUACAGGAUUUCUCUGUACCAUCUCAACAGUUGACAUGAAGCUUCAGGGUUUAGCGUGCCUCUUAGAGUCUUCAGAAUGAGGUGUAAAAUCUUAGUGGGGAGAAGCCAGAAUCAGGGGGGCAGGUUGUUUUCUGCUUAGCUUGAGAGAUAACACUGUUUACUCAGCUACCAGGUAUUUCCUAUUACCUGCCAGGUUCCACCUCCUGUUUCUGCUGGGUACCACUAGCCUCCACCGCUACUCUACCAGACUCUGCCCCUUUUUACCCUACUGAGGUUUCAGAGACCUUGUGCUGUGCUCAGUUGUAUGCCAUGUCUCUAGAAUACCUUGUUAUGGUGUCCAGAAUUGUGUCUCUUGUUCUUUCAAGCUCUUAUGAGAUGGGGUUCGAGACAAUAAUAUAAGCAAGUGGCUGGUUCAAUGGAAGCAUGAGAGUUCUGAGUUAUUUUCCUGCACAUCUAAAUUAACUCUGUGCUUCUAAUUAAGAUACCCCCGGCUCACCCCACAAAACCAGGAUUCUAUGGCUGUUGGCAGGAACAUUUUUGCCAAGUUCUCUGCGUACAUCAAGAACCCCCACAAGGAAGCAAACAAAAGUAAGAUUAUUAAAUUUAUUUCCUUUGGGAAAUAUCUAAAAUGAAAUAAGCAAGGACAAUACAUAGGAGUGAUGCUAAUUGUAUUAUCAUAUUCAUAAGAGGGGACUCGAUAAUCUGGGAGUCAUGGCAUUUAUUUUAGGGGGGCAGGCUUCAUGUUAGCGGGGACAGAACCGAGUUAUCUGUGAUGCAAUUGGUCAGUUAGCUAAGUAUUUAAAUUUAUUUAAUUGAAUUUCUCCUUCCCAAAAUGAUACACGAACUAAAAUACCGCUGUCUUUUGCCAUGUGCACUUAUUCAAAUUUUGUGAUGCCACUUUUCCAACCAAACAAUGUUUACAAAAAUGCACAUAUUAGGGCAUAAAAACAAAUAUAUUAGUGAGAAUCAUAUUCAAAAGUGCAUUACAGAAGUCUGUACAUGAGUGAACACUGUGGGCAAAAAAUGUGUUUACAAGAAUAAAUUUGCACUAAAAUCCAGAUUAAUUUUUAAUUGGUUCUAAUUUUUAAUUGGUUUUAAUCACCAAAUUGCCUGUACCACCUGCCCUGCCACCUCCACUGAUGGCAGAGAAGUGGCACUAGCAUCAGCACUGAUUUGGGGUGAGAUCUCAGUGAGAUCUUAUCUGAUUUUGGCAAUAUCUUGCCUGAAAUUGGCAAGGUGUCAGCCAACAUCAGUGCUGAUGCAGGCACCACUUCUCUGCCACUGACGGAAGCAAUAAAAGGGUUGCCACCUGGAGGGCUUCCACCACCUGCGGUGGGAGCCACACCCCAUCUAAUGGCUGGACCAGCCCUGAUGGUUAAGCAAAACUGGAAGCAACAAGCAUCCCCAUUCUCCUCCUGGCUGUGCCGGGGUGGACAGAAGGAAAGGUGUUUGUGCGAGCCCAAGGCUUUCCUAGGCUUGUUCAUGCCAUGCUGAGCUAUGGUAUAGCUUGGCAGCCAAAUGUAGCCAUUAUCUUGCCCAUAUGCAAAGCCCUUAAAAUAUAACAGUGUUGACAUAUUUCAGGGCAGUCCAUCAAUCAAUAGAUAAAAUUGGUUAGAAAGCAAAAGCGAAAUGAUGGACUAAAACUGUUUAAAUUGGACAAACACUUAAAUUCGUGGCUGGUUCUUACGAUUCAGAUAUGGAAAAGGCUUUGUUGAGAGAAUUCAAGCGCCUGGAUGAUUAUUUAAGCACUCCACUCCCAGAGGAAAUUGACCAAGAUUGUGCAGAAGAUGUGCUGGUCUCCAAGAGAAAGUUCCUAGAUGGGAAUUGGAUGACAUUAGCUGAUUGCAACCUGCUUCCCAAACUCCACAUAAUCAAGGUGAGUACAUUUCCCAAUAUACUAAGCUGAUGAUGUCUGUUCCAGAGAUCAAGGCUCAGUUCUCCAAGCGGCUGCUUAUGGGUAGGGAUGCAAGAAGGCAUUUCCCGUUCUGCCCCAUGUUUAUUAUUAUUGUAUUUUAUUUUAGUUAUUAAAUUUAUAUACCACCUUUUCCUCCAAGGAGCUCAGGGUGGUGUACUUGGUUCACCAAUCUGCAUUGCAUCCUCACAACAACUCCACGAGGUCAGUGGGGCUAGACAGUGACUGGCCCAAGGUCACCCAGUGAGCUUCACGGCUAAGUGGGGAUUCGAACCCUGGUCUCCCAGGUCAGAGUUCAACACUCUUAUACACCACAUCUGUCACUUACAGCACUGUUUCUGUUCCACUGCAGCUUGUCUUCCACCCAAGAUGUUGCUUGAUUGCAGCCUUGACUUGAGAUGGGCUAAAUAUUUGUCACUAGACCACAGGAUCAGAAUUUCCCAAAUGCUGCCAUACAACAAACAAGGGCUGGGAAGGGCCUUAGCUCAUUGGCAGAGCAUCUGCUUUCCAUGCAGAAUGUCCCAGGUUCAGUCCCCAGCAUCUCCAGGAAGGACUAGGAAUGUCCUCCCUCUGAAUCCCUGGAGUGCCACUGCCAGUUAGUGCAGGCAGUAUUGAACUAGAUAAACCAAUGGUCUGACUCAGUUUAAAGCAUCUUCCUGUGUUCCUCUAUGUAAGCUAAAGCACAGAGAGACUGUUGUCAACUUCUGUCAAGGUCACGCUCUCUACCUUAACUACAUCUGGCAUCGACAUGCAGCUGGCCAGGCCCACACACUCCAUCAGGGCCCACCAGUGCUGAUGGCUGCCACAAGCCCCUCUCUGCAGUGGGUUCUGGGAGACUGCCAUUUAAAAUUUCCCAUGAUGCCUUGGAGCGCCCAAUGUUCUGCACUCUGGGCCACUGUAGGCAAUUUAAAAUGGCUGCCUCUUGGAACCAACCAGGGGCAGACAGCUGCACAUUUCCCACUGGAAUUCUACCACCAAGGAAGCUUGCUAAGGUGGGGUGCUGGAUAAUCCUGCCCAGGGAUCAUGCCACACCUGGCACCAGCUUUAAUCACCAAUUAAUUGCCCCAACUUUUCUCUCUCCUGAGCAACACUUUGUGCUUAAGAGGAAAUCAGUCUCCAAUUAUUCUUAUUUCUCUACAUCCAUCCCUUCCCCUCAGAUCGCUGCAAAAAAGUACCGCAACUUUGAGAUCCCCUUGGAGAUGACAGCAGUUUGGCGCUAUCUCCACAACGCCUACGCCCGCGAUGAGUUCAGUCACACCUGCCCAGCUGAUGAGGAGAUUGAACGCACCUAUGCCACUGUGGCCAAGAAGAUGAGCUAAGAGCCAUAUUCCAUUCACAUUGGCUCCUGGCAUUUCCAACUCUCCUUCUCGAGAGGCUCUCGUCAGCGAGUUCUUUUCAUCAUGCUGGCUUCAAGAGACACCCCUCACAUUUGUUCUGGACACUCCACCACACUAGACCUAAAGGAGUUCUUCAAACUUUUUUAGGGAAAAAGAAGUCUCUUCAUUCUGUCUGUUCUGUCACAUCUGAGUGCCUUCUUCCCAUGAUGAGAUGCCCAGAAGUGCUAUACAUUCCACUUUGUGGUGGCAGAAGUAGCUAACAACCCAUGACCUUUGGACAUGGUUGGUAUGUGGCAGUGGUGGGCUGGUGGCCGUUGAGACUAGUAUGGCGGGUAGCUGGGAGGCCAACAGUAGGUGGAGCCAGAGCUGGGAAACAUACACCUGUAAAGUGCCUGCUUGGGGCUGGUGAAGGCAAUCAUCACUAAAGGCUGCCAUUUUCUAACCACAACACUCCAGGUUCCCCUUUGGCUCCAUCUCAGCUGACAAGACUGUGCCCUAUCUGUGCUGGUUGCCCGCCCCAGUUAAUAGCUAAUGAUACUGUAUGAGGGUAGUAGCAAUGUUUGCAAUGUAAUCAAAUAUACAGGUAUGUACCAUGCACUGGGGAAAACAAUUAAAUAUAUCUCUGGCCCUCCUGUGGCGCAUUGGAUCAGUGCGUCUGGCUGUUAACCAGAAGGUUGAUGGUUUAAGGCCACGCAGGGACAGCUGUGGGAAGGAUCUGUACAUUGCAGAGGAAUGGACUACAUGACCCUCAGGAUCCUUCUAACUCUACAGUUCUAUGAUUCUAAAGGAUAAAUUUUAGAGGAAAAGCUAGGUUUGUUGUAGCAAAACAAAAAACAAACACACAGACAUGUCCUUAUGGCACAUUAAAGAUUUAAGGCAUGUAUUGUUGCCUAAUAAAUGCACCUUGGCCACAGCCCACUUCAUCACACAUAGGAACAUAGGAGGCUGCUUAUUCUGAAAGGUGGGCCAUUGAUCCAUCUUGCUCAGCAUUGUCUGGGAGUGGGUCUUGGGUUUCAGGCAGGAGACGCUCCUAACCCUAUCUCUUCCCAUGAAUGACUCUGGGCAAUCCUUUUGAAAGUAUUGGUACUAAUGCAAGUGGGAGGCAGGCUGCCAUUUACUCUGCUUUGGCCAGGAAGCUAGAGUUGGGCUGCCCGUCAAAGGAGGCAAUAUUACGCUAAAUAGGUAACUAGUCCGGUCUGGUCCGUGUCAGCUGACCAUGGUCCCUUAUGCCACAAUAAUGUGUAUUAGUUUUUCAGGUGCCACAAAGGCACUUGCUGGUGUGCUUGUCUCUCAAGGAAUCUCUUAGCCUUCUUCCAUUGCACUAGAACAAGGAAACUUUCCACUUAAAAAAAUAGAUGUGCCAGUUUACUGUCUAUUCAAAAAACAUUUAUUUUAUAUACAAAUUUAUAAUAAACUUUAUUUUAUAUACAACUUCCACAACUUGGCCUGGAUAUGUGUAUGGAAAAUCAUUGCUGGAGACUGCUUGAGUAUGAUUGCUGCAUCGAGGCAGGGCCGUCUUUAGCAUAUGCGGCGCCAGGGUGCAAAGAUCCACCCAGCGCCACCAUCUUGCUGCUGCCACCACCACUGCCUCCCGAGUAGUAAUAAAUGCUACUUUCACGAAGGGAAGACAGGGGGUACGUGGCUGAGGAAGGGAGGUGCUGCCUUCAUGCAGGGGAGACAGGUGUGUGGCUGAGGAAGGGGGACCCUACAUUCAGGCAGGGGAGACGGGGGUUGUGGGGUGAGGGGGGUAGAUGCUGCCUUCACGCAGCGGAGCCUGGGGGCAAAGGGGAGGCCAACCUGCCGAGCGCCCAGGGCGGCGCUGCACUGCUCCUCCCGGCACCACGCGUGGGCAAAACAGGGCUGGCGCCAUUGCCAUUGUCCCACGAGCUCCACUUUCGGGGGCAGCAGGGGCUUCUCGAGGGAGAUCAGGGCCCGAGGAGUGUGCAGGACAGGUAGCGGCCUCGGCAGGCUGCUCCAGCGGCCCGGGAAGUCAGCCUAGGUGAAGAAAAUGAGCCUUGCCUUCGCCCCACCCCCUGCCCACAGCUGGGACUCCGGAGAGCUCCCACUGCUGCUGCCACCGCUAGCGCCGUUGACCAAGCCCAUCCCCAGCCAUAGCGCUGCUCUUCGGCAAGGAGGCGCCUAGGCAGCUUCAGCGGCAAGCUCUGGUCGCCCACCUGGCACCCCCAGAAUUUGGCGCCAGGGUGCCAUGCACCCCUUGCACUUCCGGGUAAAGACGGCCCUGGAUGGAGGACAGAAUUAGGCAGGCCUUUUAUUGGUUUGUAUCCCUCCUAAUCAGCAAAAUGCCUAACUAAUAGCAACAGCAAAUGAGAAUGCAACACUGUGCCUGGACGGUAUCGCUUUAUGAUGAAAGUUGGAGCAGCAUGCUUAUAUGUUUUCUUAUGAAACCUUUUCCCUCCUCAUCCUUUUUAAAUCAUGAGUCUGGGGACAGGGACUAUGUUUAUGCUUGUCCUCAAUGUGCUGCUUUCAGUCUAAAUUCAUUCUAGAUCCUGUGUGUCGUUACUUGAUACACAUUUGAAAACCCUUCUCUUGAUUAGGUUAUUCUUCCCUGCACGUGCCUCAGGUGAGAGGGGAGCCAACUUGAAUAAAAUAUUGGGGGGACGCAAGUAAGUUCUACCCUGCAUAUUCAAUGUUAAUGUAGAAUCAAUGAGCAAUAGAUUUUUAUUUUCAGAAUGAAACCAGUUUCUUUCCAGGGGCAAGAAAAUAUGCCAUAUAACUAGACUGUUGGUGUGUGGGCUACGUAGAAAAAACAAAUCUGGAGUCUUCACUGAUGCUGAAAUAAAAUGUCAUAUGUUUGCAUCCAGAGACUGACAUUAUUAUUAUUAUUAUUAUUAUUAUUAUUAUUAUUAUUAUUUUGCAGGUUUGUAUGUAUGUGUGCAUGCAUAAGUAAGAGGUUUUUGUCUUACCCCUUUCCCUCCCCUACAUAAAAUUCUUUAUAUUUUGACAUUUGGUUUAUUGGCUAUUAAAGCACAGUUCUGUGGAAAUUCCCACUACAGUCUUCUCCAUGUACUUAAGCCGGCACAGUUGUUAGUAGGUUUCUUUCAGAUUCUUUUUGGCAUGUAUGUGCAGCAUGAAGAAAGUUUCACACAGUCAGUUCACUGCCUUGCAAUUGUUUCUAUGCAGAACAAUUCCUACUGGCAUCCAUGUUCCUGCCCCACUGUGAUAAAUAUAGUGAUCCAAAUAACGCUUAAGUUCAGCCUCCCCAUUACGGCCCCUAUAAAUGACUGGUUUAUUUGAGCAUUCAUCCUGAUUUGCUUGUACACAGUUUGUGCAGAGGUUAGAUUAUAGCCAGUUCUUUAUUGAGCAUUGCACAACCAAAAUUAGCUGAAGGCAAGACCAUGGAAACAGGCAGCAAUGCAAACGAAAAGACAAUAAUCCCAGUAAUAAAUACAGAAAGAUUUUAAUCAGUACAACAAGGAAAGACAACACAGGCUUGCUGUCAUGGGGGUCAAUGAAGUAGGUCAUAUUAAUGCAGAAGGAUACAGGAUGAGGGAAUAUGUUGUCCAAAAUCAUUAUUGUUUGGGGUCUUGCUUUGGAUAAUCACCCCAGUCUAAACAGUUGUGGGGGUGGGGAACAGGGCAUGAGAUCUUCACUCCCUUACACAGCAGGGCCUAUAGACUGGCAUCAUUACCCACAGUGGUCAAAUGGGACAGACUAUGACUUUACUUGCUCCCCAGGUGAGUAAGCAUUCUAUGGCAGACGCCUUGCAGCACUUGGGGAACAAACCAUCACUUGCAAUUAAGAAUAGAUGAAUCUUAUCAACUUCAGUUUCUCAUUCACCCCACCCCCCAAAUCUUCAGUUCAGUUCUCUGUAUUUCCACAUUAAGUUUGUAUUAUUGUUUUUUUAACAUGAAAACCCACCAGCAUUUUAGUGAGGAUUUAUCCUAAUAUGCCCAUUUGUGUAUACAAAUUUUAUAUGAAGCAACUUCCCCCUUUAUUAUGCCUAUUUGCAUUUUAUUUUCACCGAUAUAUGCAUUUCUAUGCACAUUAUGCCCUAAUAUAUGCAUUUAUGUACCCUGGAGAACUGGACUGCAAAAUUCAGAGAAACGUGGCUUUUGAAGGUUGGUUGUAUUUCUUUUCAGAGAAAGUGCAUAUUAGAUAGGUUUGACUUUUAAUGUGAAUUGAAUCUAAUUGAUACCGAAACCCUACCAUUGUAAUAAGAAAUUAGUGAGCAGGUUAGGGGAGGAAGAGGUGGUACAAAACGCACCUCCAACUCCUCCUCUGUGUCAAGCAUACAAUUGGCCUGCCAGAGGAAAGAACACACAUUUCCUUUACAGCCAGAAUAGAAAUGCCGUGGGUUGCUGAAAGAGGGAGCUCGCUCUCUUUCUUCUCUGCCAGCCUCUAGAAGGGUAAAGAAUACAGCUCUGCAGACUAAUAAAUUUUGUGGGCUUAUUUUCAAGGCAGUCUUAAAACAAUUAGGUUGUAUCCAACUAAGGUCUAUUCAGAGUACGUCCAUGGAAAUGAAUGAGCCUAACAUAGUUAUGUCUAGUAACUUCAAUGGAGCUACCCUGAUUAGAACUAGUACUGGAUACACCCCAUUGUUAUUUUAUGAAGUGGUGUCUGCUUGCAUCCAAGCAGUGCUAAACAUUGCAGAGGCCAUUCAUCCCAAUGUCACUAUCUUAAUGGUAUUAAUAAUUUAUAUGCAUGUAAUUUUAUUAAUUUUAAAAACUGCUGGUUUUAUUCUGAUAAAUGUUAUGCCUACUCCAUUUUAAAGUUUGCUUUUUCUGAUGAAUAUUUUACAUUGUUUUUAUGAAAACAGCCUAUGGUUUUUUUGUGGAUUAAGCAGC